AUGUCGGUAGCGGCGACGGAAGCACGUGACGGUGGGCGGGGGCGGAAGGGGCGGGGCCUGCCCCAUCCCCGCCCCGAACGGCGAGCGGCCAUGCGGGCGGCGGGGCCGGUGCCGGUACCGGGGGGCGGUUCUGGUUCUGCUCCUGCUGCCCAGGUGCGGCGGGGGGGCCGGGGCUCUCGCCGGGCGCGGGCCUCCUUCGUGGACGAGUCGCUCUUCGGCAGCCCCGCGGGGGCCCGCCCGGCGCUGCCCGGCUUCGCGCCUCCCUGGGCGGCGGCGGCGGCGGCGGCGGCUCCCGGUGCCGGCGGCCCCCGGCCGAGGAGUAAAUGCAGGUUGAGAAGUCACACUCCAUCCUUCUGCGAUGAGUCCCUGUUCGGUGCCAAGCCCGAGGGUCCGGCCUGGGCAGCUCCGUGGAUGAGGAAGGAAGACGUAGCCAAGCUCCAUCCGCUGCUCUGGAGCCCUCCGCCUGCCCCCCGAAACCAGCCCGGUGUUUCCCCCCGCUCCAGGGAGACGCCCUUGAGAGCCGUCCACCCGCGAGCCCCUGCGUCUCUGGCAACAGCAGGCUUCGAGGCGGGCCGAAAGGGCAAGUCCUGCGUCUGGAAGCGUCCGGAGAGCGAUCUGGGCUCUGAAGGCCAGGGUGCUCCCAGCAGAGGACGUUCCCAGUCUCUCAGCCGGCUGAACACCCCCUCAGACCGGCUCUGCCUGGCUUCAGACAACCCCAAGACAGAAAGGUGUAAAAACCAGAGUCCUCCGACAGCCCCUGCAACCCCUCGAGGUCCUCUGAUGAGGAGUCGGUCAAAAAGCGUGUCCGGACCUUCUUUGGCCAGGAGCUCCACAGCAGCGGGUGGCUGCAAACCCAGGCCUCCCUGGAAGUGAAACCAAACCUCCCUCUGGAUGUAACUACAGCCUUAACCUGCCCGAGGUGGGUCCUGACCUCCUGGAGAGCGAAUCUGCGAGCACCCUGAGACCUCCCAUGGCUGCGAACAAAGGAUGGGGAUGCUGCCCCACACAGGAGGACGAGCCAGGAACCGAGGGUGACUGCAGCACCAGAGUGGGACAGCCUUGGUGGCAACAGCGGCUUCCAUUGACUGUCCAGUGGUCAUCAGAUGAAGUGCGCUAACGAGUCAGAUUCCUUCUGUCCAGGAUGUCCAGCCAGGAAGUGCAAAGAGCAGGAGACAGGGCUGCCUACAGGGCCUGUCCAGGAGAAGGAGCAGGCACAGGUACCAGGAGGCUGCUCUGAGUCCCCCCGAAACCUUCCCUUCUCAAGGCUGAAGGAGCCCCAUUCCCUCACCCUCUCUGCAUGGGACACGUGCUCCAGCCCCGACCGUCUUGGUGGCUCUCUGAUGGCCUUGUUCCGUUUCAUCAACACUUUAAUGAUCUCCUUUGGCAAGGAAGGAGAAGGGAGGAGGAGCAGAGAGGUGAGGACUGGCAUCACCCCGCAUCCUGCCAGCGGUGGGAUGUCCCCGAGCUGGAUGGGGUUUGUGACGCAGAAGGAUCUGCCGCAGGGAUUUCAGCAGCUUCUGGUGAUGGGGACGUGCUGAGUGGACACAUAAUCCCAUGGUUUGUACUGAGGGUUGUGAGGUGCUCUCACGGCAACACCACGCUCGUCACCAAAUAAAUGAUCCAA